AAAUUUCAUUUGUUCCAGAUCCUCGGACUAUGGGACAACUGAGUUCAUCGGCAAGUAAUGUCAACCAUAAUACAAGGCUGUCUGUGAAACCUCCGGAUUCGCAUCAUCUUACAAAAACACAUAGUGCUUCCAAUGUAUUUACUCGAACAGUGAAUUCAGAACAUACAAGGAACAGUUUAAAUUCAAUGGACGGCAGUAAUUUCUCAGUGCAAUAUAAAAAUAAAAACGUUAAUAAUGGCGAUAACAGUUUUCGAAAUCUGAGUGCUAAAAGUAAAUUAAGUAAUAGUGACUUGAACAAAAAUUUGAGUGACAGUGUUUGUAAUGAUGUAACAGAUAAUGGAGUGAGUGACAGAAGGGUGACGAGAGGAAAUAUCCGGAGAAGUGGCUCUGUGGAGAAUGUAAAUUGUAGUUUAGUGGACGUUUCCAAUGGAAAUAUGAAAAAAGUCAAGUACGAAAAUGAGAAUGAAUGUCAAAGAUCCGGAUCCUUGGACUCCUUGAACAAAUUGACAAGUGAUGACAGUGAAUCCUUGCUGAAUACAAUGACCAAGAUCUUUGAUGAGAAGCUUACUAAUAAAGAUCAUUCCUUACAAUCCAUCAUGACUUCUGAAGAUAUUCCUUAUGUGGAUGACUCCCCAGAAAAACAACCCUAUAAAAAAUCCUAUUUGGAUAAGGAGAAUAUUCCACAGGCUAGUGAUCUGUACAGAAAUCCUAGUUUACAUAAAAGCCAAUUUGGAUCCUCUGCGUUGCAUAAAAAAGGAGUCAAAGAGUUCUUGGACAAGGAAAAGGAAGAAGAUACAAUGGCUAUUGAAAACGUACCUGAUAAUGAUAGGCUCAUAGGUAAAAGUGCAUUAGUUUCUAAUAACAAGUUGAAUCAAAGUGGUUCAAAAUUGAGACGUUCCGAAUCCUUGAAUAAACCUGAACGAACCGUAUCACCACUCAACAGCAAAUUGAAACGAUCUGAAAGUCUGAAUAAAUCCGGAGAUAAACUGAAGAGGUCUGACAGUUUGAGCAAGACUGAAAAAACUGAAAGUAAUAAUAACAAACGGCGCGAGCUGUCACUCAACAACCGAAGAUUCAGAGAGAGCACAAAAAAUAAACGUAAGAAUGGAAUGCCAGACCGCUCUAUCAAACGAAGACAUACAGUUGGAGGGACUAAAGAUCCUGACAAAGUCACUUGGUUGAUGGAUAAUAAAAAUCAGGAGGAAUCUAGCAGGGAAAAUAGGAAAGAGAAACACUUGCGAACGAGCUCACCAGAUCUAAGUUCUGCUCGUAGAGAUCGAUUUUUCUUCGAAAUCAACUUCAUAGGCCCUGAAAAUAUGGUAGUUGCAUUGAGGCAGCACUUGAUUGGGGCUCGUCCACAGAGUUUUCCAGAAUCGUCAGUAUUCAAAGUUCCACUUGAAUCCCACGUUUGAAAGACGAGAUGUGCCUUACGUAUAAAACGGAAACAUCAAAAUAGAGACUGAUUUAUACUGGAUGUGCAAUAGUUGUGCAUUUUAUUUAUUUGUAAUGUUUUAACAGGACUUUGUUUGGAAAUUAAUGACGAUGCAUUUCAGAAUAUUGCAUCAAAACAUUUACUGUAUUUGUAUUUAAUUUUUGGUCAUAUUGAACCAAUAUUUUCAAUUUUUAUUGAUGACUUCUUCCUGUAAUUAAUAUUUGCAUGCAUUUAUUCAUUGUGAAUAAAUAUAUUUCCUAGUCCAUAUUGUUUUCAGUGAAUCUUACAAUAAGGUUCAUUUAUUUAUUUGAUUAUCAUAAAAGAACAUUUUGUAUUAGCUCAUUUUUCAUGUUCUGAAAUGCAUUCUCAAUUGAACAUACUGAACAUUAAAUUAUUAAAAUAUCUUUCGAAAAGACAAAUCAAAUUUCUUAUUGAAAGGGCAGGUUAAUUUUUAAAUGAUUGCGCAUAUUUUGUUAUAUUAUUUAUAGUUUGCUUCUUUGAAUGUAUUGUGAUUCUAAAAAUAAUUCCAAUUCGAAGCAAUUGAAUUUUGUGAUAAAACGCUAGUUUAGGCUUCUGUACAUAUGAAUACUUACAUUAAUUUCACUCAAAAUCAAUUUAUCUCUCCUUAUCUGCAAGAGCUGAGCAUUUAUUUAUGUAAGAUGUUUGGAAAAGUAAAUGUCUUUAGGAAUUGUAGCGCUUGUUCUAGAUGAAAUUAUGAUUUUAUUAUUUUGAAUCAGAUUAUCAACUUGAAAAUUCUUUAAUUAUUGAAAGAUGAUUAAGCGUUACAAAGGUAUCACUUUUUGUAACAUAGUGCUCCCUGUUGUUGAUGUUUCUUAUACAGUAUUAUAUAAAAUACUGUGCCAAAAAUAUAUAACUAUUGCUAAAGUCAUAUUAAAAAAUGUAGCUAGCUGAUCCUGUAAAUAGAAAUUGUUUAUUAUUACUUGAGAAUUGGUGUAAAAAAGGUGAAGUCUUAAAUGCUAGGCUGUUGUAUUUCUUGCCCGUUAUUGUUUUUAUAGUUUUAAGUACAAGAAAUGUAUGUGUUGUUGUAAUUUGUGAAAAAUUGUAAAUAUAUUUUCAAAUUAUGCACUUUA